UCAACCUAACUCGUGGCAUUAGCAUCUCUUUGCUUUAGCAGGAUCUAUUCAGUUACUUUUCGAAGAAAAGAACGGUUGCCACUACUUGGAAAGAAAUCAAUGCAAUGAAUUAUGAACUAUUCAGAAAACUGAACCCCGCAAAAACUUUUAAUCGCUUUCUUUUUUUAAAACCUAGUUUUUUUCUGAGACUUUGUGAGAAAAGUGGUUUUUACUUUUAUGGAAUCUUUUAAUAUUUUUGACGGAGUAAUCUUGAAUAAUAAAUAUUAAUUUUUUUGUUUCAAAAAUUCAUUUUGAAUUAAUUUUUUAUUGAUUUGUCUAUGCGAUGAGUAGUUUGGCAGUGUAUCAGGAAAAUUGCAAAUACGAUUACAGAUUAUUUUUGCUUAUUUUUAAAAUGGAUAUUGUAUAUUGCUGUUGAGGAAAUUGAUCUCAAGUUUAAUGGACUAAAACUUGCAGAUAUGAGAGAAGGACUAAUUUAUUUAGUAGUUGUGACAGUAUUUUGUUUUGACUUUUCUUCUGGAAAGGUACCGAUGCGAGAAUUUCAAGCAGUCGCAGGGGAAGAAGCACGCCUUCCUUGCAACAUUGCAAUCCCAAAGGAACCAGAAAUAAUAUCCCUCAUAUUGUGGUAUCGGGAGACGUCCAAGUCUCCAAUUUAUACUUUGGAUUUUCGGAAAGGUCUCCCUGAUGACCCAAAACAUUUUCCUGGAAAAACGCUGACCGGUAGAGCUCACUUUGAUACUGCAGAAUACCCUCCCACCCUCAAAAUAAAACCUACUCACGUGGACGACGAAGGGGUGUACAAGUGCCGACUAGAAUAUAAAAGAUCUAGAAUUGUAACAAGAUUUUUAAAGCUCAUCGUUAUAGUUCCUCCUCAAGCUGUGGUGAUAAUGGAUGACAAAGGUCAGAAACUAAAAAGAUUAGCUGGACCAUACGAUGAAGGUUCACGUCUAUCUUUGCUCUGUGAGGCCGAAGGAGGAAAUCCAGCGCCAUUAGUGACAUGGUGGAAAAAUGGAAAUAUGAUUGAUGAUACAUAUUUUCGAACGUCAAAAGGUUUCGUGAGGAAUGAGUUGGAGUUAGAAGCCUUUAGACGAUCCGAUUUCAUGGUUGAACUUUCUUGUCAAGCGUCAAACACCAAUCUAACAGAUCCCCUGAGUGCUUCGAUCCGGAUCGAUCUUAACAUGAAACCUUUAUAUGUUCGAAUAACAACUCCUCCAAAACCUUUAAAAGCUGGAGAUGACUUAAGACUUGACUGUGAGACAUCGGGUUCCCGGCCAGCUGCGAAACUUCUUUGGUUGGUGGAGAACAAACUUAUUCAAAACAGCAAGCAAUCCUUUUUUACCAAUAGAAAUAUUACAUAUGGCAGCAUCAAUCUUAGUCCAAAGAACGAAGAUAACGGAAAAACAGUGACUUGCAGAGCAGAAAAUCCCUCAUUAAAUCACACUGAAAUGCAGGAUACCUGGACUCUUAAUAUGCAUUUUCCUCCAGAAGUUUCUUUGCAACUUGGUGCAAACAUAAAAUAUUCAACAAUCAAAGAAGGGAAUGAUGUGUAUUUGGAAUGUGUGAUCAAAGCCAAUCCACCCAUUUCAGAACUAAUUUGGUUUUUCGAAGGAGUACCUUUUUAUGGCAACACGUCGGCUGGAGUAAUCAUUUCGAAUCAAUCCUUAGUGUUGCAAAAAGUUCGAAAAGAGCAUAGAGGGCGCUACAAGUGUACUGCUUCUAAUACUGAAGGCCAAGGACGGAGCUUAGAGCUAUUAUUAGAAGUGCGCUAUGCCCCCAGCUGUUCCACUAGCCUGAAAGCUUUAUAUGGUGUUACAAGGGGAGAAACUGUAAAUAUUACAUGCGAAGUGGACUCCGACCCCGAUGAUGUAACAUUUAACUGGGCACUCAACAACUCCGUAGAGAAUGUCGAACUGUACAAUUUCACUUCGAAAAAAACUAGAAGUGUGUUAACUUAUACUCCUAAAGCAAUGCUCGAAUUUGGUGCUAUUCUCUGUUGGGGAAAAAACUCGGUUGGAGAACAAAAGGAACCAUGUGUAUCUCGCAUCAUUCCCGCAGGUCCACCUGAUCCAGUUAGAAAUUGUGUGGUUGCUAACAGAUCACGAACUUGGCUCUUAAUUGAUUGUGAGGCAGGCUAUAAUGGCGGUUUACCUCAGAAGUUUCAUUUGGAUGUUUAUAACUCUGAAGAAGAUGCUCUUGAAACAAAUAUCACAACAUCGGAUUUGCCUUUAUUUUUAGUAACUAAACUACCUCCUGGGACACCUUUUGUGCUCAUAAUAUCUGCAUCCAAUGAAAAAGGAAGGAGCAAUACGGUCGCACUUUUAGCAAACACACUUUCGUUUAAAGAUAGUGAAGCAGAAGCCUCUUCAAUGAUAAGCACCAGUUCAAUAGUAGCGGUAAUGCUGGCAGCAGUAGGUACUCUCCUGGUAAUAGGCGUAGUCGCAUUGGCACUCUUUCAAAUACGGAAGAAAAGAAGGCAAAAAGACACAUCAAUAGAGGAAGACGAUACAAUAAAAUUGAAUAUGUCUUCAAAGAAAUUACCUGAAGAUUUUACAGAAAACUCUGCGGCGUGUCCAGACGUUGUUCCCCCUAUUAAUGUGUGUGAAAAUGAGAGCUUUGAAAGUGCCAACUUGAGAGAAGGCCAGUCUCCUGAAAGUGCCAAAUGUAGCAAAAAUUACAGAAAUUGUGUAGUUGCUUUGAAAAGAUCGUGGAGCCUCAAGAAAAGAGGACAUGAAAAAGCAGAGACAGAAGUGAGCUUAGAUGAUCUAACAUAUCGUGAUUAUAAAACAGUGACACUUUCUCCAGAUACAGUAGCGCAUCCAUCUCCGUGGCUCGAGGAAGAUAUGAAGCAACCUAAUAAAAGUGGAGUCCUCAUUUUAGAAAAACAGGAUGACGAUGAAUCAAUCCAUCAGACAAUUGUAUCUCAGAAAACCACACUUUUUUGACAUUUUUUUACAUUGAAGUGUUGCUGCAAGCAUUUAAACAAAUUCUUGAUGUUUUAUUGAUGAAUUGAAAAAACAGCACGCAUUGAAAGAAGCAAUUAAAUCUUUUCAUAAGGUAUGGCACAAUUUGACAUUGCCAUAAGUGAAAUGAAUAUUUUGUACACUGUGCUGUCUGUUGUAAAGUUGUGAUUUGACGAAAAUCAAUACUAAAUUACAAUUUAUUGUAAGACUAUUUGUGAUUUUUCCUGAACAUGGUGUAAAAAUACUUUAAUGUUAUAUUUUUACAUUACAUGAUUUUUAGGAAAGAAUUUCUUCUACCAACUUAAAGUUUAGUUAAAAUUAAAGUUUAAAAAAAAUCUAAUCUCAAUGAUUUCUAAUAUUUGCUAUUAUUUUCAUUCAUAAAUUUUAAAUUAAAACAAAUCCACUGAAUU